AUGAAUAUUGAAACAACAAAAGCAGCAGCAACACAACUGUUGAAUGAAUACUACCAAAUCAGCACUCAAGCCAUACCAACACAGAGAGCCAAGUCUGAAUGGCAGGAUGACAACAAACGAGGUUUCUUCUUGGGCAUCAUCCAAGAGGGAGAAACCUCACACACCACUCAGUUGCACGACCUGCUGGCUGCCAACCAAUUUGCAGAGCAGCAGCAGUUCUCAACCAAGGUCCAGUUGGCAGACUCAGAGCAUCCUCGUACAUUCAUUGACGAGAUGUUUGAGUACUACAUACUACCAUUCCACAAAGACUACAACGAUUCAUCCAGCUGCCACACUCCAGCCUCUUCAAGGGCACCAUCAAGAACCAACUCUGCUGGAAAUAUAAGCAAUGUCCCAAAAGAGAGUGAGCUGUCUCACAGGGACUUGAAGAAUGCCGUCGAGAAAAGAGACGGCGCCUGCUUGUUUUGCUGGGAUAAGCUGUCCUUGCAAGGAGCACACAUUGGAGUAGCGUACAACGAAUCCCCAAUCCUGUUACGAGCUGGUCUAGCGCAGAAACAUCAAAUACAGAACGGACUGUUGUUGUGUAUCAACUGCCAUAGCCGAUUUGCAUUGCGCAUUGCUAACGAAGAAGACUGGGCUCGGAUUGAUAAUCGACAAGCAGUCGAAUCUAAUGGCGAGAUGGCAUUAUACUUUGUUCUUGACGAUCCAACUCUGCAGCCAAACAGAGAUGCACUAGAGUUCCACAAGACAGCAUGUCUUAUUUGGCGUAUUGCUGGUGGUGCAGAAUCUGAUGAUGAAUAUUGUCCACAUGAUGAUGACGAUGGCUGUACUCCUGUAGAUUACCGGAGUAAGAGCAUCGAAAAAUGGAUGGACUCAAGUGCUACCUUGAUUAUUGAAAAUGUUCAAUAA